CAUUUAACUAAGCGCGCCCGUACGCCCGCAGCUCCGCACGGGGAUUUAAACGAGCGCGCAGGCGGGGCGGCCAGCAGACACGCGCGGCCGGCACAGCUCUAUCCGCAACGCAGGCACGCAGCUGCGCGCCACCGUGCCGUGUCUCGCGUCGCGCGCGUAUCCGAGUUCGGCCGUUCGCCAUGGGGUGCGGCCGGCUGCCGGCGUGCUUCGUCGCGCUCCUCCUCGUCGCGGGGGCGCUCGCGGUGCCCGCCGCGGCGCGGGAGUACGCGGCCAUCUUCAACUUCGGGGACUCCCUGGUGGACGCCGGCAACCUCGUGGUGGACGGCAUCCCGGACUACCUCGCCACGGCGCGGCUGCCCUACGGCAUGACCUACUUCGGCUACCCCACCGGGCGCUGCUCCGACGGCCGCCUCGUCGUCGACUUCAUCGCCCAGGAGCUUGGGCUGCCGCUGCUGCCGCCGUCCAAGGCGAAGAACGCGACGUUCCACCGCGGCGCCAACUUCGCCAUCACGGGCGCGACGUCGCUGGACACGCCCUUCUUCGUGGCGCGCGGGCUCGGGAAGACGGUCUGGAACUCGGGGUCCCUGCACACCCAGAUCAAGUGGUUCCAGGACCUCAAGCCCAAGAUCUGCGGCUCCUCGUCCCCGGAGGAGUGCCGGUCGCUGUUCCGGCGGUCGCUCUUCAUCGUGGGCGAGUUCGGCGGCAACGACUACAACUCGCCGCUCUUCGCGUUCCGGCCGCUGGCGGAGGCGCACGACUUCGUCCCGCACGUCGUGGACUCCAUCGGCGAGGGCGUGGAGAAGCUCAUCGCCGAGGGCGCCGUGGAGCUGGUGGUGCCCGGGGUGCUCCCCAUCGGGUGCUUCCCCGUGUACCUGUCCAUCUUCCGGAAGCAGCAGCCGGAGGGGUACGGCGCCCGGAGCGGGUGCAUCAAGGAGAUGAACACGCUGUCGUGGGUGCACAACGUGGCGCUGCAGCGCAAGAUCGCCGAGCUCCGGGCCAAGCACCCCGGCGUGCGCAUCAUCUACGCCGACUACUACACGCCGGCCAUCCAGUUCGUCCUGCACGCCGAGAAAUACGGGUUCCUGAAGCAGAAGCCGCGGGCGUGCUGCGGGGCGCCGGGCGUGGGCGAGUACAACUUCAACCUGACGUCCAAGUGCGGCGAGCCGGGGGCGUACGCCUGCGACGACCCCUCCAACCACUGGAGCUGGGACGGCAUCCACCUCACCGAGGCGUCCUACGGCCACAUCGCCAGGGGAUGGCUCUACGGGCCCUUCGCCGACCCGCCCAUCCUCGACACCAAGCACCUCGGCUGACCUCCAUCCAUCCGUCGUCCAGCGCCGGCCAGCCGUCCGGCGAGUACAGAGUUUACAUUAUUACAUAGUCUGCACACACCUGCAAAUUCGAUGAUUGCUGUAGAGGAAAGGAAAGAGAAAGGAAAGGACAAGGACGAAUAAGGAUGGCCCUCUGUUCAGAUUAAUUGGUUCAGAUUCUGUUAUUUCUUUUCCUUGUUUUUGGUUGGGACACAUACAUACAUACAUACAUCUGCUCGGUGUGUGAUUUUUUUUUCUCUUUGUGUAGUUUUGCGUAGCCUGUGUACUGCUGCUUCUCGUAGUCAAGAAAAUUGAGCAGGAAGGGGAUUUCGAGUUCAAUUUUGUUGCUUGC